GAGAUACCCAGAAUAAUCAUUGGAAGUUCCGGUGCUUUAUGCAGUUCUCUGAGUUAUCGCUAUAUCGUUGCUUGACCUCCUGGCUCAUGUGCGGAAUGACCUUAGAUUCAUCUACGUAAAAUUAAUUCAUUCAUUCAUUACGUAGAGAUGUAGAUAUCUUGGCCAGUGUUUAUUAUGGGUGAAUAUGUUUGAUGACUGUAGCAGCGCCCAUGGUCGAAUCUCUUUCAGUUACAAGUUUCUUGUUUAUCAAAAGUAGCUUGGAGCCUCAUUGUUCCAAACAUGCCAGCAGAUAAUACCAAAUGCUAUAAAAGAUGCUGAAACGUGAGAGAUAAUAAUCACUCGAUCAGCGGACACACACUCUUUGACAUACGAGCUUGAAAAGGGAAUAUGAGGCUUUUUACGAUCAUCGCGGUUAUAGUUGCACUUUGUGCAGUGGCAAGUAUUGCGCAACAAGGGCCGAAUGCAAGCGGGCAAGGUCGUGCCUUCGGUCAACCGGGAGUUAAUCCAAAUGGACAAGGUCGCACCUUUGGACUUCUUGGAAAUGCAUUGCUAGGAAGUGGACUUGGCGGGCUUGGCGGAGUUGGUGGACUAGGAGGUGGCGGAUUAGGUGGUGGAUUGGGUGGUGGAUUAGGUGGUGGUGGGCUGGGAAGUCUCCUUGCUCUUGGACUUUUGGGAAGUUUGCUAACAGGCGGACGACCAGGUCUAGGAGGAUUUAGACCAGGAGGUGGACUCGGCGGUUAUUAUCCGGGAGGCAGUGGUGGUUUUUAUCCUGGUGGAGGUUUCGGUGGACUCGGAUACCCUGGAUUCGGUGGAGGAUUUAGACGACAAUUAGGAUACGGUCGAAGUGCUGGUAACAAAUAGGAAGUUAUAUAUAACUGUUAGUGCGUUAUAACACUGUAUUUAUUGACUGUAUAUAAUAGUGAGGCUUCUACACUGAUUCAUUUUAAAAUUUAGAAUAAUGCAUUCUAUCCUAACUUAAAACCCAAUAAAUUAAUUUGUUUAUUUGUGAAAAAGUAAGAAUAAGUAAAAAUAUAAACUAAAGAAAU